GAUCCAUCCAAGUGGAGCAGGCCGCUAAACCUUUUCUACUGUCACACGUGUAGCAAUGCUGUCGAACGGAGCUCUUCUUCUCCUGCUCUGCUUUCUAAUCCCCUUGGUCGCCGCCGCCGGCUCACCGCCGGCUUCGUUGGUGUCUCCAGCGGCUGCCUGCAAGUCGUCUUUCUAUCCCAAGCUUUGCAUCGCAAUGCUUUCUCCUCUACGGUCCACGCCGAAGAACCAGUACGAGUACGGCAAGUACUCCGUGCGGCAGGCGCUGCGGCAGGCGCGGCGCACGGCCGCGCUCCUCGACGGUUAUCUGGCCGGCAGGCUCGGCGGCGCGAGGGCGCAUCGCGGAGUUGGAGGCGGCGGGGCGAUGAAGGACUGCCGCGACCUGGCCGGGCUGAGCGCGGAGUACCUGGCUGCUGCGCAGGCUGAGCUGGGGCGUGGGAAGUCGCUAGACGUGGCCGCCGCUGGGCGGGUGCGCGCGCUCAUGAGCGCCGUGGUGACUAACCAGCAGACAUGCUACGACGGCCUGCAGGCGUCCCGCGACGGCGGAUUUCCGGAGUUGCAGAGCACGCUCGCGAACGGGACGCAGCUCUACGGCGUCUCGCUCGGGCUCGUCGCCACCGCGCUGGGCCGGAGCUCCGCCGCCGCCAACACAGGACCUCCACCGCUUGCUCCUCCGACGACCGCCGGGCGGAGCCUCGUCGAGGAGCUCAGCCUGAUCGUGCCGGUAAAGCUAUCGAAGUCAGGGGUGAGGGUAGCCCAAGAUGGGACCGGCGACUUCACUUCCAUCUCCGACGCCGUCGCUUUCGCCCCCAACGACACUGCCGCUGCUGUCGCCGGGUACUUCGCUGUCUACAUAAGCGAAGGCGUUUACUGCGAAAAUGUGGUCGUCCCCAUGAACAAGAGGAAUCUUAUUUUGAUCGGAUCUGGCAUAAAUCGGACAGUAAUCACGUCUAAUCACAGCGUCGGCGAUGGAUGGACGACCUUCAACUCCGCUACAUUCGCGGUUAACGGGGAGCGGUUCAUCGCCGUCGGCAUCACCUUCGAGAACACUGCAGGGGCGGCGAAGUUCCAGGCGGUGGCGGCGCGGAACAGCGCCGACCUCUCCAUAUUCUACCGCUGCAGCUUCCUCGGUUACCAGGACACGCUAUACGUGCACACUCUCCGCCAGUUCUACCGCGACUGCGAUGUCUACGGCACCGUCGACUUCAUCUUCGGCAACGCCGCCGCCGUCUUCCAGAGCUGCAACCUCUACGCGCGCCUCCCUCUCCACGGUCAAUCCAACGUCAUCACGGCACAGGGCCGCACCAUGCCGGAACAGUCCACAGGGAUUUCCAUCCAGAACUGCACGGUGAGCGCCGCCCCCGAACUCGGCCGUGCCGCCAAAACCUUCCUCGGCCGCCCAUGGAAAGCCUACUCUCGCACGGUGGUUAUGCAGUCCUUCAUCGGCGACGCGGUGGAUCCGGCGGGGUGGCUAGAGUGGAGCGGCCCCUUCGCGCUCUGCACGCUCUACUACGGCGAGUUCCAGAACUACGGUCCCGGCGCCGACACCGUCGGGCGGGUAAAGUGGCCCGGCUUCAGCCUCAUGAACUCCAUGGACGCCUACAACUUCACUCUCGUUAACUUCACUUCCACCGACGCAUGGCUGUCUUCUACAUCAAUUCCUUACAGCAGUGGGCUCCUAUAGAGCAUUUCAUUCCUGCAAUAGUUGAAGAAAUUGGAUUACUAAUUAAUGUCUAUAAAAUC